GAUGAAGCGCCGGUAAAAAGUAUAGCAGCCUGGUCACACCGCGUUUGAGGUGGGGGGUGGGGGGGUUCUUUCUAAAGUGGACGUCAGGAGGUCGCGGGAAGUAAGAAGCCACAUCGUGCAGAGCUUCAUCUUCCUCAGAUGGUUGCCUUCCUCCUCGUCUCCUAGCUUGGAAUGCUGGGUGCCGGAGGUCGCCAUGGAUACGCCGACCCUGUCCAACCGGUCGACGGUUUUCAUCUCCGUCUUCAACACGAGCUGCCGCUUUGACGAGGAGUUUAAGUACGUUCUCCUGCCCGUCUCGUACGGUCUGGUGUUCGUGGUGGGCUUCCUUCUCAACGCCACCGCCUUGUGGACGUUUGCCAAGAUGCGUCCGUGGAACCCCAGCAUGGUCUUCAUGUUCCACCUGGCCCUCACCGACUUCCUGUACGUGCUCUCCCUGCCCACGCUCAUCUACUACUACGCCAACCGCAGCCACUGGCCCUUUGGCGUGGCGGCGUGUAAGAUGGUGCGCUUCCUGUUCUAUGCCAACCUCUACUGCAGCAUCCUCCUGCUCACCUGCAUCAGCGUGCACCGCUACCUGGGCAUCUGCCACCCCAUCAAGGCACUCACCUUUGUCAAGCCACGCCACGCCCAGAUGGCAUGCGGCGCCGUGUGGACCGUGGUAGGCGUCUGCCUGGUGCCCAACCUCAUCUUCGUCACCACCUCCAGGCGGGACAAUGACACACUGUGCCACGACACCACCAGCCAGGACUCCUUCCAGGAAUACGUGGACUACAGCUCUGUCGUCAUGGCGCUGCUCUUCGGCUUCCCCUUCCUCGUCAUCGUGGCGUGCUACUGCCAGAUGGCGCGGGCCCUGUGCCGACCCAGACGGGGAUUAUCGAUGAGCCUGGCGGGCGCCGGCUCGCGCCAAAAAUCCAUCAAGCUCAUUGUAGUGGUCUUGGUGGUGUUCGCCGUCAGCUUUGUCCCCUUCCACAUCACGCGCACCCUCUACUACGCUGCCCGGGUUCUGGACCUGGACUGCAAAGUCCUCAACAUUGUCAACUUCACCUACAAGAUCACACGGCCACUUGCCAGCGUCAACAGCUGCAUUGACCCCGUGUUGUACUUCCUGGCCGGCGACCACUACCGCUCCAAGCUGGUUUAUGCUCUAACAGGAAGGCGGCGGGCCACCAGGAGCCACGUGCCCUCUGAGGCGCCGCCCAACAAGAACACAAGCCUGGCUCUGGUCUGCAAGAACCUUCACAGCAGCAGCCCAAAGAUAGGAACAGGAAGCUCACGUUAAACACCGUGGCAGCUCAUUCAGGUUUCUAUCAAGAAAUCCACACGUCCUCAAGACAAGGCACCAUGUGACCUUCACAGUCCUCACACAGCAAACCAGGGGUGUCCAAAGUGUGGAACGGGGGCCGUUUGUGGCCCACAGCUUUUUGUUUUAUUGCCAGGAGCAUGUUGUAAAAAUACUAGCGGUGCAUGCUAAUCAUUGGGCCGAUAUAACAAUAGCUCAGAAGAUCAUUUUUAAAAAACCCUCCAAUGAGGCGAGAUUACAAAGCAAGCGCUCCUUCUUUCUCCUGCCUGUGAUGUAACUUCCCCUGAGCUCUCUUGUAAACAAACAUUCACUUACCGAUUGUUUGUUACUUUCAUUUUGCGUGCUAGUUGUACCAAAUGCUCCGCCAUGAGGUGGAAAAAAAACGUAGAGCACACAAAAAACCUCAUCAGCCACCUGAAACGCCAGCGCCGCGGCAUUUGAAAAGUGCAAAAUGUUUUCCAGAGACCUCUGUGGCGUCACACCGGCUGCUCGGAGCGUGUGCCCGAAUACAGUGCACCUUACUGGGCCACAGCAGGUGGCUCCUCCCCCUAUAUAGUGGUGAUGUGGUAGUAUAAUGUCAUAUUUCAUUAGGACUAAUCAACAGGUACUAGUCUGUUCCAGUCCUUCUUACCUGCACGUGUGCACAAAUGUUAACUGUUAAAUGUACAUUUUAAAAAGUAGAUAUAAUAAUACUAUUGGUACCGUGUCAGUCUUGAGAAGCAGAAAGUUAUGGUAUUGGUUUGGAAUAAAAGAUAGCGUCUGUAAAAGAUACUAUUAAUUAGACUGGCAUCACAACAUUACCAAGGAGGAUUAGGAACACUUUCUUAACAUAGCAGGUUUAUGUUAGAUUGGUUUACUGUCUAGAACCAAUUCACCACAAUAAACGAGGGACCACUGUUUUGGGGUCAAUAUGGUACGUUGUGAUGCAGUGGCGGACAUUUCAGGUAUCAACUUAUUGCCACCCCCAUGUGAGUAAUCGUCUCACCUUGGCCACCCCAGUAAAAUAAUAAUAAAAAUCUGGCUGCUCCACUGCUGUGAUGUUAUUCCACGCCAGUCCGUUAGAUGGCAGGACAUUACAAAGCAGGUGCCUACUUUUUUUAAACCACAGCGCCACCUGCUGGAUCUGGUGGUGACUCACUGCAAAGUCUUGUAUUUUUAUAUCCUACCCCCAAACUGCAAAGAACACAUAGCUUGUAACAUCAGUAUGUUUAUCGUUGUGGUUGUAGUUUACUACCGCUGUGGUGCCAGUAGUUAAGAAUGUGACCUAUGACCCACCGCCUCCAGGCUCAGUUCCUCCCAAGGCGCUCACAGGUGGGGUGCACUUGAGCAAUGUGCCUUACUAUGGUCAUAACACCGACUAAAAAGUUCUUAAUUCUUACUUUAAGGUUUUUUUAACAGCUCAGUGUAUGACGCAGAGCAGUUGUACACGACCGCAAACUACAAGCAUGAGAAUAAAGCGAUUGUUAAAUAAAUGAUGUCAAUCAACUGAAGUACAAACCUCACUCUUACAGGAGCUUUACCAUUACUUGCAAACAAGGUUCUCCUCUCAUUCUGUCUGGAAAUGUGAGAGACGGUGGAUGAGGGUUUCAAGGACGCGUGGACCGCCGGCUGAAUGGACGGGAGGCUGAGAGUGGAGUGGAGGAGUGACACGGCGAGGAGGGGAGGAAGUUCAUUAUCCCGCUGAAAAGGAAAGCAAUGGCUUUGGCCGUCGCCGUGGCAACGGGCCUGUCUUUUGCUGUCAGCUCUAUGAUAAGAUGCUGGGGAUUGAUUGGCGUGGACGUUCCAAAGAAGCGCACCGCCCCCAACUCCUACACCCCCCC